AUGGCUACCGUUGCCCCACCUCCUCACACCACACCCGCAAGCAAUGCUACCCACCAGGAUGGAAGACUGCAGCUCAAGCCACUAGAGGGAGUAGAGGCCGCUAAGAGGGCCGCCGCAUACGCCUCUGUGGACAAUCACAUCAAGCCAGAGCACAAGAUCAUUGGCAUUGGCAGUGGAUCCACUGUACCUUACGUUGUAGAGCGCAUCGUGCAGCAGGGUCCCAAGGUCAACCUCCACAGGUGGUUCAUCCCCACGGGAUUCCAAAGCAAAGAGCUCAUCGUAAAGGCAGGAUUGCCAUUGGGCGACGUCGACUCUUUCCCCGUCAUUGACGUUACCAUUGAUGGCGCCGACGAGGUCGACUCUUCGCUCAACUGCAUCAAAGGCGGUGGUGCCUGCCAGCUGCGCGAAAAGGUCCUGGCAGAGUCCGCCUCGACUUUCAUCGUCAUUGCCGACUACCGCAAGAAUUCGACUAUCCUGGGAGAAAAGUGGAGCCAGGGUGUACCCAUCGAGGUGGCUCAAUUCGCCUAUGCUAGCGUCAUGAGGAGAUUGGAGCAGAUGGGAGGAAAGCCGGCAUUGAGGAUGGGAGGGGGAGCAAAGGCCGGACCUUGUGUGACCGACAACUCGAACUUCGUCAUCGACUCUCCCUUUCCCGAGUCCCUAAUGAAGAAGCCUGCCGAGCUCUCAGACAGGAUCAAGCUCAUGACUGGCGUAGUAGAGGUGGGACUCUUCUGCAACAUGGCAAAGGCCGCCUACUUUGGUAACCAGGACGGUACCAUCACCUCAAAGUAUGCUGGGGGAGAGGUCAAGGAGGGAGAGCAGUUUGAUGUGGGAAGGAGUCCUAUGGUAGCGUGAAUAGAGCAGCACCAGGAGGGGAGGGAAUAGAAUGACGUCUUGCAGCCCGCGACUCGCUAGAUCAUACUCGCGCAGAGGACAAAGCAUUCGUACACAAAAGGGUCAUUGUCGUCGCACUACACAAUAGAUCAUUAUCGCAGAACAGCUGGCAAAAGACAGCGGCAUCGAAAGACUGAAG